AUGCUCUCAUACUAUGAACACAAUACUGCGUUCCAAACAAACAAUUGCAAUUCCGGUAGCAAUGCCGCCACUACAUACAACAGCGACGCCAAUAAUGAUACGAUCAUGAAUAAAAGAAAAAAUGACCAUUUCGAGUUUGAUACACACACUUUCUACCAAAGAUCGAAGAGAACAAAACGAGAUUCUGUAAGUACAAAGUUUUCGGUCGGUUCCGGGUGUGCUAAUCUUAAUAACAACAACAACAACAUCAUCAUCAACAACAACAACAACAACAAUAAUAAUAAUAAUAACCAUAAUCAUAAUAACAGCAAUAAUACUGCAACCUACAAUAAUAUUCAUUAUAAAAAAAAUAUCGAAAUAUGUCCCCUGAAACCGGUUAGUAUGCACCACACUAUGAACAGCCGCUUACUGAACGAAUCUGAAUUUUAUUCUGAAACAGAAGAGUACAUGAUUCAUGGUUAUUUCGGUAACACUAAUCGCGACAUAACAGGCACGAGUCCUACUGGAAGUGCUAGUAUUAUACAACACCAGUAUCAUCUUCUACCAUCCCAAAGUAUAAUUGCAUCACAAGCACCCGGUACUGCCAUGGCCGCGUUGACUAACAACAAUAUCGCUAACGAUUACAUGGAUAUAGAUUAA